AUGUCUUCAAUUUUAAUCUGCUCAUAAUUCGAUGUCAGAUUCAUAGCAGCUCCUUCAUUGGCUACCAAAGUCUUAUACUAUAAAUUAGCGAAUCUACUAAUAGCCAGCUAACCGUUUAAAAUGAUCUAAUCUACCUAAGUAAUUUAAUUUUAUACAUAGGGAAGAUCACAACCUGUAGAAGGCACAUUAAGUAUGGAGUUUUAUAUCACACAGUCUAUCUAAAAUGAUAUCUAAACUAAAAUUUGCAAAUAUAAUAUUUAGCAGAGAUUCUUUAGUAACAUCUUUUAUUUUAUUUUGCUUAUUUCUUUGUUUAGUAUUUGUUUAUAUUAAUUAUUUAAUACAUAAAGUGCAUAUUCUGUCUUCUAUUUAAACUGA